AUGGGAAUUAAGGAUCUGUCCAAGGUCAUCAAGGAACAUGCACCGAACGCCAUCACCGAGCACGAGAUGAAGAACUACUUCGGACGCAAGGUGGCCAUCGACGCCUCAAUGGCCCUCUACCAGUUCCUGAUCGCCGUGCGCCAGGACGGCAGCCAGAUGCAGAACGAGGCUGGCGAAGUUACCAGUCACCUGAUGGGCAUGUUCUACCGCACGAUCCGGAUGAUCGACAACGGCAUCAAGCCCGUCUACGUGUUCGACGGCAAGCCGCCGGAUCUCAAGAGUGGCGAGCUGGAGAAGCGCAAGGAGCGGAGGGAUGAAGCCGAGAAGCUGCUCGCCGAAGCCAAAGAGAAGGGAGAUGCCGAGGCGGCCGACAAAUUUGAGCGUCGUCUUGUCAGAGUGACCAAAGACCAAAACGAGGAGGUGAAGCGCCUGCUGCGACUCAUGGGCGUGCCGGUGGUCGAGGCCCCGUGCGAGGCCGAAGCUCAAUGCGCCGCCCUGGCCAAGGCCGGAAAGGUCUACGGCGCCGCCACGGAAGACAUGGACGCGCUGACGUUCGGCGCCAGCGUGCUGCUCCGCCACAUGACGUUCUCGGAGGCGAAGAAGAUGCCGAUCAAGCAAUUCAACCUGGAGGCCGCGAUGAAGGGGCUGAACCUGUCGCGCGAGGAGUUUGUCGACCUGUGCAUCAUGCUCGGCUGUGACUAUUGCCCGACGAUUCGCGGAAUCGGCCCCAAGCGCGCUAUCGAGCUGAUCCGGCAGUACAAGUCGAUCGACAGCGUCCUGGAGAAUAUCGACACGAAGAAAUAUGCGGUGCCCGAAGACUGGAAUUACGCGCGUGCUCGGGAGCUUUUCCUGAACCCGGAAGUUGCCGAUCCGGCCACCGUUGAGCUUGUCUGGAAAGACCCGGAUGUUGAGGGCGUCGUCGCGUACAUGUGCGGCGAGAAGAAUUUCAAUGAGGAUCGGAUCCGCUCGUCGCUCGCCAAGAUGAAGAAGGGCCGUGAAGCGGGCACCCAGGGCCGCAUCGACUCGUUUUUUGUGAAGAAAACGACCGUUGUGAGCGAGACGACUACGCUGAAGCGCAAGGCCGAACUGGACAAGAAGAAUCAACCGGCCAAGAAGCGCGGCCCCGCCAUCAAGAAGGAGACCAAA